CUUCCUUCUCCUCCAUCCAUGAAAAUCUGUACGUGUACUCAUGUAGUUCAAUAGUUGACUCAAAGGAAUACCGUGAUGAUGAUGAGAAGAGGUUUGCGGACAUUGACAUCGCUGAGAGGGAGCUUCAGCUUCGUUUCCACGCCGCUGAUUUACCGUAGCUUCUCCACGAAGUCGUCGUCGAUGUCUUCACCGGUGUCCAAUGCCUGAUAUGAUUCCGACUAUACUUCAACCUGGCGUUGUCGUUUAUGAUGGCGUUUGCCAUCUCUAUCACAAAGGCCCAGGUCUAUACUAUCAAGGCUCUAGUGCUGCACUGAAGGUUUUGUCCCACCUGCUAUUGCCUUACUCUAUCCUAAGCACUUUCAUGAUUAUCCCCCCACCUUUAAGGAAUGAUGUCUAUGACUAUAUUACAAAGAGACGCUAUCACUGGUUUGGAAAAGAUGAUGACUGCUUGGUCCUGCAGGAGAAAGAGUUGCUAGAGCGUUUCAUUGACGCAGAAGAAUUUCUGAACGUCGCCAAUCAGAUUCUUGAAUAGCACAAGAUAAUGAGGCUUGUUUGUUUGUUUUUUUUUUUCCUAAAACUGUUAAAUUAGCUCACAGUUUUGCAAUUAGAAAGCCUCAUAGUUCAUCCACAGACUAGAAGACAUCUUGUUAGCCUUGUUUCCACAUUUUGGCCACAUCAUUAUUAUU